AAGCUAACCUGAAAAUUGAAAUGGCUCUGCUCCUCUGCGCUCGUCCCAUCUUCUCUGCUGCUUCUCUGAGUCCCUCUCCCGCCAGAAGACGAAGUUCGAAAAAUGGCUGUCUUCUGCGCAUGCCCUGCGUCGUCCUUCCCUCCCUUGCUUCCUCCUCCGCAAAACCCACUUCCCCCUUCCUUCUCAGAGCCACAACUCCUCAGAAGAAGUACCUGUACCCAGACCCAAUCCCCGAGUUCGCCGAAUCUGAAACCAAGAAGUUCAGGGACGAGCUCCUGAAGAAGCUAUCCAAGGACGAUGAGACAUUUGGAGACGACCUUGAUGUGGUCGUUAACGUCUGUACACAGAUAUUUAGUGAUUUCUUACACAAAGAGUAUGGAGGACCCGGGACGUUGUUGGUGGAACCGUUCACCAACAUGCUUGUUGUUCUAAAGGAGAAGCAACUGCCUGGAGCACCUUUGGCUGCAAGGGCGGCUCUCCUAUGGGCUCAAAACUAUGUUGAUCAACACUGGGAAGCUUGGAACUCCAAAUCCCCCCUUUGAAAUCUAUUUUUGUGUUCUAAUUAAACCUUUGUUCAUAUAUUAAACAACCAUAAGAACAUGGGGAUGCAGAUUUAAUUCUGCAACUGCAUAAACUAUGACGAAAAUGUACUUCAAUCCUUUUUUGUCAAGCUAUACAAAAGUUUUAUUGCUCAAAA